GAUGUUUGGGAUAGUAAUAUUCAAUUUCUCUUCUCAACCACCACCUUCCUACCUUUCUGGUUAUCCGUAUCUCUCGUGAAGUUCAUUGGGGCCAGCCAUGCCUCGCGAGAACAGCUUCAGUGAUUCUGACGGACGAUCUCUUACUCCAGACUUGGAGGACGAGCUCGGGUUUUCACCUACUUCACCCACCUCUGACCACGCACCAGCGGCUUUUCUAGGCACUCCAGCUGCUGGGCAGCCAGCGAGGCAUGGCAGGCCUACCCUUGAAACCCUCGAAGAUACGCUGUCUGCACCAUCUCUUCUGCCUUCUCAACCCAAAUCUCCUCGAUCCCCCAAAUCACUCAUAAGAAAUUCAUUUGCACGGUCGCGCUCACCUAAUGGCAGGACUUCCACGCAAGACGCUGCACCCAUACGCCCUUCCCUUGUGACGCCUGGAGAACGAUUCCGAAGCUCGGUCAGGAAGGUCAUGGCCAUGCGCAAGACGUCCGCUAUCAUAUCUCGCCAUGGUAUUGGUGCUGAGCCAGGUAUCGAUCCUCGUCGUUCGUCGGCAAACCUUACUUACGGACAUAUCCGACAACAUUGUUUGAUUGAAAUUGCGGAUUACUCGGCCGUGAGAAGUAGCUUUGGUAGGAUGUCCAAUGCUGAGUUCAUCAAGCUCAUGGCAGAUCCAAGAGCCAGUGCCAGGGAACCGUGGGUGAAGGUUCGAUGGAUCAACAUUGGGGGCAUUAGUUGGGAUGUCAUCAGUGCAAUCGCCAUAAAAUAUGAUAUUCACCCGCUUGCGCUGGAGGACGUUCUACACCAACGAGGGCAUGCCCGAUCUAAGGUCGACUACUACAACAAACACCUUUUCCUCCGCUUACUCCGUCAUUCUCUUUCCAAUGAGAAAGAUGGCUCUACAGGUUCUACGCCGAACACUUCAGUCACCGAUCUCCCCCGCUCGAGUUCCCCCGAGCCCAUGGAGGUCGAAGAAGUUGAUAUUGAGUACGAUGGAAAAGAUGGCGAGGAUGAGAAAACCGAGUAUGGUAGUGCAAGUGGCUCAAAAUUCUCAACUAAGCGAGGCGGUACAUUACGCAACACUGUAAAACGGCAGCUGGGCAACCCGGUCGACGUUGAGGACAGGAUGCCGCGGUCACCAAGAUUGGAUACUUCGCAAUUGGAUAAGAAGGCUCGGAAAGAUGUUAGGAACGUGAAAUUGAUUCGAGCACUCAAGGGAGACGAACGAGUCAACGUGAAGAUUGCGCCCAUGUGUAUCUUUCUCUUCCGAGACGGCACGGUCAUCACUAUUCACCAAGACAACAGACUUAACUUCACGAGUCCAAUCACAGGACGUUUGCGCCAGCGGGAUACUGGUUUGCGAACGACGGCCGACCCAUCGCUCCUGGUGGAGAGUCUGAUCGAUCUUGUUGUCGACCAGGCCCUCGAAGUCGUGGAAGAGUACCAGAGCAAGAUCUUGUCCCUUGAACACAAUGUCUUGGUCAAGCCAACGAUGACUAGCGUUCGACGACUUCAUAUCCUUCAGGGCGACCUCAUCCUGCACAAACGGACGCUCGAGCCAAUCAAGACGGUGAUCUAUGGUCUUCGACGAUAUGAUAUAGACCGUGUUGCCGCACUGAGCGAGAGAAUUGACCCAACGGUCAAGAUCGAAGGAUACAUGAGCCACAAAUCCAAGAUCUACUUAGCCGACGUUUACGAUCAUAUGGAGUAUAUCCUGACAAGCCUGGAUAUGUUCGCUGGCAUCAGUGAGAACUUAAUCAACUACACCUUCAAUAUGUCUUCAUAUGAGAUGAACGAAGUCAUGCGACGGUUGACCCUCGCGACUAUCAUUUUCCUGCCUCUGACACUUCUUACUGGAUAUUUCGGUAUGAACUUCGAAGCCAUGUGGUCAGUACGAGAGAACUCCGACGCCCUCUUCUGGUACAUUGCCGCCCCGGUGAUGGUCGUUGUGAUCACCAUCUUCAUGUGGCAAGACCUGCAGAGGAUGGCUCACUACCUGAAGAAGCGGUACGUGCAGCGUAUGGUCAAGAAGGAGGUCAAAAAGGACUUCAAGAAGUCUCAAUGAUCUACUCUGCUCUAUUUGGAUCUUCCUGUGACUGGGUCUUGGACUGGUGGUACCUCAUUAAUUAUUUACUUCAUUACAUACCUACGAUAUCUUGGAUUCAUCAUUUGACUGGAUUUGCUUAUCUUCACACACAUGCAUUCAUCUAGCGGAUUUACUUGUAAUGUUUCUCUCCUUUACAUCUGUGAUGGACAUGUACAUUGUGUUUGUUCGGACAAACUGUCAUCCGUUGUGUGGAAACGCGACAUUUGAUCAACAUUACUUUCAGUUGAAGUUGACGACCUUCCAUUUCUGGACCAAUUCGAUCACUUCG